GUGUGUGCCUGAGGGAAGCGAUUGAAUUGUUGCAAUCCGCCCAACGAGUCCACGAGUUUAUUUCUUGUGGUAUCGCUCGACUCCUCGUCCCCGGACCGGCGGGACGCACCCUUAAGAAACACCCCCAUCCCACCCUGCAGUGGUCUGAUCAACGGACCUUGGGACUGACUUCCGGAUCACCCAUCCACCCUAACUUACUUGCUUGCUUGCUGAGCUGACUCCGUUGAGUUGACAGGCCUCUCCAUUGCUGUGGUGGCCGCGCUCCAGCCAAGCUCAAUUUGACGUGUUCGCCCAUUAUCCUCAUCCUUCGAUCGACCCGCCUCCGGGCCUCCCUCCAUUCUUCCCUCCGCCUGAGGCUAGGCGUGACGCGAUUGGCGCGGUUUGCGGCCCAGCUGGCCAUCCCACCCUUGGGGCCCUCUGACCUGGUGCUGGAUUUCGCCCGCCCCUCACUGCGAGCGUGAAUUUAGCUCCGCCUUUUGUGUAGUCAUGCACAAGAAGAAAGCGCCCCAUGCCCAUUCGGGCGUGGCCUCGCACGCCUCCCAUGCCCAUUCUGGGUCCAAGUAUCGCGGCACGGGUUCCAACGCCGUGAGCGCAUCUCACAAGAGUAGCGGUGGUGGCGGCGGUGGCAAUUUGGGCCCCACCAAAACCAGCCCCACCCCUUUGAUGGAAUCGACCAAGGGCGUGUACGCCAACAAGGGGCUUCAUUACGCUAACUCGACCCUGUUAGGUAGCACCAUGGUGGUGGAAACGGUCGACGGUUCCAAGUUUGAAGGAAUUUUCACGUCGUGGUCGCCCGAACUCGAAAUGGUUUUGGAAAAAUGCCACAAGAUCGAGGCCCAUGACGCCCCAGCGCACAUUAAUCCCAAGCAUGUGACUCAAAAAUUGGUUUUCAAGCCCACCGCCAUUGUCAGGAGCUAUUGCAUUAAUGUGGACUUGGAGUUUGCGAGCAAGUCGGGUGGUGAGAGUGGAUUCAUGACCGAUACCCAAAUCACUAAUGCCAAUGGCGAGAUGAAUAUGCGUGAGUUGGAAGAGUGGGUCCCCGAUGCCGAUGACGAUUGCGACGGGUUGGAUUUGAAUUCCUCGUCCGGGAAAGGCUGGAAUGCCGAAGAGAUGUUUGCUCUCAAUGAGCAACGCCACGGUGUGACCACCACCUACAAAGACACGCUCGAAGGAUACACUUAUCAAAUCAAGGACAGCGAAUCCCUUGAAUUCAGGGAACGCGAAGCUAGAGCCGAUUCAAUUGCCCGAGAGAUUCAGGGUAAUAUGGCCUCUCACCGACAAGUGGAAUUGGAAAACGGCGACGAAGAAGCCAUGUUUAGUGCCGUAGACAGAAGUCAGAGCAAAGAUCGGAUUAAGAAAGACCAUUCGCCGCAAAGUGCUCGAGACCAAUCUGGCGGUCAAUCCAAGUAUGUUCCACCUGCGAGGCGACAGAACAGCCUCAACAAAGGGAGCCAUGCCGGUGGCCCAAUGGGCGGAAGUGGACGACAUUACCAACAAGGACAUAUGCACUCAACUCCCCCUCCUAACCAGAAUAGCAACCAGCACCACACUGGACGAGACUACCAUGCUCAUCGUGACCGAGAUCACCACGGUCACGGUGGCCACGAUGAUUUCGGUCGCGGUGGGCAUGGCGGCGGAGGGCCAUCGCCUCAUCAGGGCAAUGGAUCCAGGCAAAGCUACGAGCGCAGACAACAGGGCAACAACAACUAUAGUGGAAGCAGUAACACGCCCAACAGUGGUUCCAGUAGCUUGGUCAACAACAACAAUAGCAGCAGCAGCACUUCUAAUGCGGCAAAUAACGCCCCUGGCCACAACAACAACAGCAGCAGCAGUAACAACAACAUCCGUGAAGCAAAUGCUAAGACGUCACCACAGAGCUCUGGAAGUGCGAACCCUAGCCGAUUGGACAAUAAGGAAAACAGCAAGGACACUAGCAACCGAGGCCCGCAUGCGACUGCGGGAGUACUAAGAGGUCCCCCUCCCAAUUUUGCUCCUUCUCCAGCGGCCAGUGGAAAAUCGCAAGCAGAACACGUGUCUGAGCUGAAGGAUUUCCACGUUAAUUUCAAGAUGGCUGGACAGCACAACCUGCCUCCACCCCUACCCCAAGCGGCCUCUUCGUCACAGACGUCUCAACCUCCACCAGUAAAUGUGCCUCCGGCCCAAACGGCAGCUGCUAGAACCUCGUCACCUAUGGGCGUUUCUGCCUCUAGUGGUGUGAACGAGCAGCAAAAUAGUCAGAAAGACGUCCCUUAUGCCUCUCCCAAUCAAGGGGAGGGCUCUGGGAGUGUGAAAGGACCUGCCUUAAAGCCAGAACCAGCAAGUAACGAAGGAGUUGAGGUGGCCAAAAAGUCGACCCUGAAUCCGAAUGCGAAGGAGUUCAACUUCAAUCCCAACGCAAAGGCUUUUGUCCCGUCUGGCCCAAGUGGAGGCCGCCCUAGUGGAGCCACGCCUCCUGCCCGGCCCCAAACGCCUGGAACCCCAAGUGGCCAUCAGUUGGUGAGCAUUGCUCCAGUGGCCUACCCGCAGAAUUUUGCUCAGACCAUUAUGGGGCAGAGCCCCAAUUUUUCCUUGGCUGGCUACAAUCAUGGGUCGUCUCACGCGGGCACACUCUACACUAGUGUACCUCCCACGGCUGUUCCGGCCAACAUGGCCAUGCCCACCCACACCGUUGUGCCUCAGCCACAUCAAAUGCACCAACAUCCGCAAUCCCAAGGCCAAAGAUUUCGAGGCAAUAACGGUCCUCCCCCUCCACGGGGAUCCAUGGGUGGCGAGGGCCCCUCUCCCAUGCACGUGUCCGGCCAGCCUCUUUUGGCGACGGGGCUAUUGGGCAACAUUCAAGCCCAAGGGCAUCAGCCCCCGACUAGCUUCAUGCAGUUUCAACACGGUAAUCCUGCUCCCAUGCAGUUCACGGCGGCUAGCUUAGCCAAUCAACAACAACAACAACAGCAGCAGAUAGCUCAUCUUCGAUUUACGAAUGCUCAUGGGGGAAUGGUGCCCACGUCCAUGGCUCCGUUUCUAACCCAGCCACACACCUUGAAUGUGGCUCCUCCGCCAGGGAAUGGUUCCCAAGAUGGACCCCAGAGUCUACCUCAGUGGCAGGGAGGCGUGCCUUCAAGUCAGCAACCCAAUAUGCCCCCGUCGCUUCCACAAGGGUCGAUGACACCAACCCCAAGCCAAGCUGGUGGAGGGGGUGGGACCACAACACCUUCACCCGGCCCCCAUCAUCAUCCCCAUCACCCGCAUCAUCAUCCACUUCCACACCAUCACCAGCAACACCAUCAACAACAACAGCAACAUCAGCACCAACAACAUCAUCAGAUGAUGUUCAACAUUGCUGCUGCUCCAGGAGGUCAACCGCAAUCCUUGCCUCCACAUUUCAUGCAAAGCAACAUUGUGAUGAACUAUCCCGUGCAUCCGCAAAUGACUCAGCCGCAUAACAUGCCCCCACAACAAGCGAUGGGAGUACCCGUCUCGGGAGUUGCGCAACACUACAUGCCUCAAGGCAUUCACAACCAACAGUUUAUGAUGGCACCCAAUCCCGGUGGCCCUCCACCCGUGAAUGGAGUUCAACCUACGCAAUGAAUAACGGCUUGAAGGGGAGUUUUUGUCCCUCCUCAUGUCGAAAUAGUAAGUACUGAGGAAACUCGUGCAUUGUAAGAGAGACAGCCCUCCUCUCCACCCACCACCAUCGUCUUCAACAACAAAGGCAACAACAACCGACGCCACCACCGCCACAACCACUAUCAAGUUAUUUAUAAAUGAGAGGACCCCUACGGAAAGCGCAGUUCAUAUUGUGCGUGGCUUUUCUCUGGUCAAAAAAAGGCAAAAUCACUUUUUGUCCUGAGCAUCGCGUCAGCUACACUUAACAUCAAGAUCACUCGAGUUGUCGUUGAACUGAAUUAAAAUGAUUAUUAAAAAAGCGAA